CUGAUCCCCGAGGAUGUCCCUCAUGAAAUCUUCGUGGUAUGCUCACCAACAUUGGACCCCAAGCAGCCUACUUUCGCCUCCUGCUGUCCACCCGCCCAAGCGAAGGCACCCGAGAACCCAAGAUGGCUUUCUCACGCGAAACGUUUGCCGUCGGUACUACAUAAGUACCAGCACCACUCGAACUUUUACUCCAUUCCCUUCACUCUUUUUUCUUUCUUCACUCGGUAACAUUGUCGGCCAUGCUGGGCUUCAUCAAGUCUGCCACAACGAAAGCCCUGAGGUCACCUCUCGCUGCUUCUGACCAGACUGCCGGGGUCAACGAGCCCACAGUAGUUCAAGUCAAGCAGGAGUCAAGACUGGUCAAGGUCGAGAGCGAAGCGUCCACUCUCGGGACGCUCUCUAAGUCUUUUCACUCACCGACCGCACACGCUUCUCCCAGCGAGACUAAUGCACCUGACUUUAUGGUCGAACGUGGUUCAACUCAUUUUCCCGACUCUCCGAAUCCCGCCACUUCUCUGGCACUCCCUUCACCUGUUCAUGGGCAAGAUGGGACGCUUUUGACCCCCAACGAACAGUCGGGGUCUUGUAUUGAAGAGACCGCUAGCCACUGCGGGCAACCCACUUCAGUCAAAGAACUGGGACGCUUUUCGUUCCUCUCGCUGGCUUUCCUUCGUUCCGAAUCCAAGCUAUCUGCGCAGUCCGAGCAUAAAUCUACAACUCACUCCCAGGUCACCUUCGCACGUGCGGUUCGUGCGCCAUCAGUAGCCAGAAACGCAGGGAAGAAAUCCCGGGAAAGCAGGAACAUUCGCAAUUCCACUGAGAAACGUGUCAAAGAGAGUGCCGUGCUUGUUCGUUCACUUAUUGUCGGCGAUUGCAAUUUGUCUCCUGGUGCAAAACCACUGAAGACAAGCUCGUCCACUAAGACUGCAGUGAGACGCGUUCAUUCCCACCUUUCGAAGCCAAAGUCUGCAAGCAAGGUGAUCGCGCAUCUGAGGUGUCUUCCACCUCAACCAACCGAUGACUCCAUGGACCUGCAUAUUCCUCUCCACGCGGUUUGUCUCGACGUCACUGACGAUGAGGCACACGAACGGUACUUUUCGAAGCUUGGUUCCGUUGCUUCUGCUUCUGUAGUUGCUGUUUCUGAUGCCCUCCGAGAUGUUCACGUUCUUGACCUCCUCGCGGCCCCUAAUAUGGGUUUUGCUAUCCCGACUGCGGGUACCGUUUUAGAGGGCAUCCAGGAGAUUACACCGCAGCUUCUCGCCCUGGGAUACGCAACCGGCAAAGCGGUCAUGCCAAACCACAAAGGUGUGACUGUCCCUACAGACCGGAUAUCCGUCCUCACUUAUUGGUGGGGCUUUGAAGUUUGCCUCCCUCCCCCGACUUUGGCACAUAUACAGUCCGCCGCCGCACCAAGCUCUGCGGUACUAGACCUUCUCACUGCGAUAUCGGUCCUUAAUGAGGGCGUGCGAGAGAUACUUCCUUUCAUCCGUUAUUUCGCACAGUUCGUGCAAAUGGAGUGGCACUCAAUACGUGCAGCAGACGAGGGGAACGGCGUGGUAUGUUGUGCGACAUGGAUCAUGCCUGUCGCACUUGUUCCUCGUGCAUGGGACUUUGCGGACCCACCUCAACCAUGUGAACAAGUACAAUCGAAUGACACUCAUUCACCGACUGUUACUGCUGCUAACACAAGCACUCCGAUCAUGGCACGUCUCUCCACCACAGCUGCCACUCCAAAAGCUUCAACGGAUGCAGUCCCGGGACUCGCACGUGUCUCUUCUGCCUUCUCGGAGGUGACAUAUGAUGAGGAUGAAGCUAGGCCAGUCAUCUCAAGUGAACCACCAGUCCUGCCAGAGCUCGUAGUCAGUUCCCCCGCUUCAACCGAGGGUGUACCGGAACCGGUUGAUGGCAGUCCAUACGUGGUGUCUGAUGAAGGACAGUCCCAUGGAAGCGAGGCUAUCGUUUUAUGAUGCUGUGCUUGCUCCCCAUGCCAGCCUCGAAGCUUGUGGUCGCCCGCUCCUCGUCACGACCCGUUGUGAUCGCCUUCAGUAUUCCGAUCGCCAUUUUGUCCUUGAUUUUUCGUCCCUGGCGGUUCUACACAUAUCGUAGGGCUGAUUUCACUCUUGUCGGGGAACAUUUUACAUAGCCUACCCAUGGUUUCACUCAUUUCCUACAUUACACUCUUUUGCACCUUUGCCCUCACUUUCAAAUCAUAAUCUGGCCACUGCGUUCGGUUAAUGUCACCCAAGAAGCGCCAGCCGAAAACAAACUUCAAUUGAAAAUUGAG